AUGGCGGAUUCCGAAGGCCAAACAAGCAAUUGCCAUGUCGUCCCUGCCGGCAGCACCCCCGACCAUGAGCAGCAGCAGCAAGCAGCAGCAUCGCCGGAAGAUCACGGCCCCGGCGCCAAGGAGGAGGCCGAGCUGCUGUGGAAGCUGCGCAAGUACCUGGUGCUGCUGGCCAUCCUCGCCGCGGCCAUCACCUACCAGGCGGGGCUGGCCCCGCCGGGCGGCUUCUGGCAGGACAACGCCCACGGCCACGUCGCCAGCGACAUCGUGCUGAAGAGCACCUACCGCCGGCGGUACCUGGUCUUCUUCUACUGCAACACCACGGCGUUCGUGGCCUCGCUCAUGGUGCUCAUCCUGCUCCUGGUGAGUGAGGUGAGGCGCAGCAACGCCGUCUGGCUCCGCUCGCUCCAGCUCGCCAUGGUCCUGGGCCUGCUCGGCCUCAUGGGCGCCUUCGCCGCCGGGAGCUGCAGGGAGGUGAGGACCUCCGUCUACAUCUGGGUGCUCCUGCUCGGCAUCUUCGCCUACGUCACGCUCCACGUCGUGCUCUUCCUGCAUUUCGCGUGGCUGCGCCGCGUGUUCUCACGCAUCCGUAAGUUCUGGAAGCAGAUUCUUGGCCUCAUUUUCAGAGUGGGAUCAGAAAGGAUAGCAGAUGCGCAAGGGGCACCAGACCAGCAGGAAGAAGAAGAAGAUGAUGAUGAUCUUGAAAGAAACCGUAGCUCGUUGCUGGUUCUCGCCACACUGGCGGCGACAGUGACGUAUGCGGCGGGGCUGAGCCCUCCGGGUGGCUUCUGGUCUGACGGCGGCGGUAACUACCUUGCCGGUGAUCCGGUGCUGCGAGAGCACUACCCGCGCCGGUUCAAGGCGUUCCUGAUCUGCAAUGCCACUGCUUUCGCUGGAUCGCUUGUCAUCAUCAUCAUGAUCCUCAGCCAGACGGCGGUGUCUCACGUCGUCAAGUCCAAUGCUCUGCGCCUGUGCGUGCUGGUCAGCCUCUUUGGGCUUAUGGGAGCAUAUGCUGCUGGAAGUUGCAGGGAGGUGAAGACAUCGAUCUAUGUCUUUGCUCUUGUCGGUGCAGUCUUUCUCUACCUCCUUGUCCAGUUUAUCGGGCCAGCCGUGCCCAAGCCAGGGUGUGUGGAGAAUACCAUCAAAUGUGUGAAAGACAUGAAGGAAAAAAUGCUUAAGAAGCUGAAUGAGCUGCUAGAAGAAACAGAGCAUGGAUCCAACAACAACAACAACAACAACAACAACAACAACAACAACGCACCAAACACUGCUGAUGAUGUUAAGGAUGAUUUUCAGAAGCUGCGCACAUAUCUUCUGUUGCUCGGCAUCCUUGCUGCCACAGUCACCUAUCAAGCCGGGCUGAAUCCACCAGGAGGUUUUUGGACAGAUAACAGUGAUGGGCAUACUGCAGGUGAUCCAAUUUUGGAGGUCGUCAACCCGAAGCGGUACAAGGCAUUUUUCUACUGUAAUGCCACGGCGUUCGUCGCCUCUUUGGUCAUCAUCACCCUUCUCCAGAGUCAGAAGAUCACAAUGCGUGCCAUGAAGCGCUAUGUGCUGCAGACGGCGAUGACCCUGGUCCUCUUUGGCCUCAUGGGGGCCUAUGUUGCUGGAAGCAGCAGGAAGUUCUCGACAUCCAUAUACGUCUUCGUGCUAGUCCUCCUGGUGUUCGCCUAUGUUGUGCUCCAUGCACUUCUAUAUGUGGCUCUCCAGACACGGAUGAAGAGCAGAAUAGAUGCAAUAUAUACUUCCAUGUCGAAAUUCCUCCACUGCUUUACAGGUUCUUCUGAGCCUGUGGAUAAUGUUCCUGAAGGAAAAGAUUUGAGGAAGAAGCGGAAGUUUCUGAUGUUGCUCGCGAUUCUGGCAGCUUCUGUCACAUACCAAGCUGGUAUAAGCCCACCAGGUGGCUUUUGGACCGACAGCAAAAACGGACACCGAGCAGGUGACUCGGUGUUUCGUGACGAGUUCCGUAGCCGUUACAGGGUGUUCUUCUACUUCAAUGCUACUGCUUUCAUGGCUUCCCUUGCCGUGAUUCUGUUGCUUGUCAGUAAGAGGCUGUGCCACAAAGGUCUGAAGUGCUAUGCGCUGCGUGCGUGCGUGCUGGUUGAUCUGAUCAGCCUCAUGGGUGCUUUUGCCACUGGAAGCUGCAGAAAGGUGUCGACCUCCGCAUAUGUCAUCGUUGUCGUGAUUCUGGUGUUUGUCUAUGUCAUGGUCCAAGUCCUGGUCCUCACAUUUGCAAAAGAAACGGUGGAUGCCCUCUUGGAGCGCAUGUCCAGCUCUCUCAUGCGCCAAGAUCCAUCUAUGAAUCGGAGGAAUAGCACACAGGCUACACCAGUGCAUCAGAGGAAUAGCAUACAGGUUAGGGAAAAGAGCAGAGAGCAUAAAUGGCGCAAAGAUUUGAUGCUAAUUGGAACACUUGCAAUCACUGUCACAUACCAGGCCGGGCUGCUCCCUCCAGGUGGAGCUUGGCCUGAUGACAGGGAUAACCAUUUUGCAGGUGACCCAAUCCUCCAUGACACCAACCUAACACGGUACAGGAUAUUCUUCUAUUGCAACGCCACAUCAUUCAUGGCCUCCAUGGUCAUGGUCAUCCUCCUGCUGAACAACACAAUAAGCAAGUACAAGAGAUCCCUUCUUGCCAUGAAAACGGCGAUGGUAUUGGACCUGCUUGGUCUACUCGGGGCAUAUGCCGCAGGAAGCUGCAGGAAGUUGAAGACAUCUGUGUACAUUUUUGCACUCGUCAUUGCUGUGUUCAUCUACAUCGUCAUUCAUGUCUUGUUGUCAUUCGACAAGGUUGCAAGGUUAGUGAAGAAGAAAGGAAAAAAGUGGAUGGCAUGUCUGAAGAUGUCGGUUCCGAUUGGAAUGGAUUCAAACAAUAAACCAUCCAUUGAGAAACCAGAACAAGUGCUUCUCCCUCGGUAAGAGUAGUCUCAUAUAGUUUUUAGCAAAAAAACAGAGUCAUUUGUGACAUUAGUCUAAUUUAUCCUGCGCAACCUCCAAAGUUUCAGUCUGUGUUUUACGAUUGCUCAAAGCUAUUGUUAGGUGCAUUCCUUGAAUGUGAGCCAAAUAUAGUACAGAUGAGAACUGUGCGAUGUGCAGUAGUUCUUUCUUAGUUAACAACUUGUGGAAUCACCUUCUGAAAUUAAUUUUCUUAUUCUUUUGUUAUCCUCUCCCUUA